AUGGCGUCACUGCUGCCCUACCUGACGAUCCACAUGAAACAGCUGGGGAUGAGCUACGAGCAGAUCGCCAUCAUCUACGCGGUGCUGCCGUUCACCUCCUUCUUGGGGCCGCCCAUCACAGGUGAGGAGGGUCGGACUUCACGGGUGAGGCGGGUCGUCACGGGUCUCAUAGCGGACAAGUUCGGGAACUACAAGCCGGUGCUGCUGCUGUGCCUGGUGACGAACGCCGUGUUCCACAGCCUGCUCGUGGCCCUGCCGGCGUACAAGAGGGAGGAGGUGGCAAAGAGGGGGAUGGGGUUCGGGUGCGGGGGAGGGGCGUUCGUGGAGGUGAGGGGGGGGAGCGGGUGCAAUGUGAGCGGGUGGAUCGGGGACUGGAGGGUGGAGCGGUGUCGUCGAGGGUGUGCUGGGGAGGAGGGCGUCGAGGAGGCCCUGAAGGUGUGCGACGCGGGUCACUGCCUCGACGUGGGUCCCCAGACGGUCUUCUACGUCAGGGGGGAGGCGGCCGCGGGGGAGGCGGCCGCGGACGGUUUGGGCCUCCUUCUGAGCACGGUGACGGUGCUGUCGAACGGGACGGAGCAUCGAUGGGAGCUGGACGGGGUGAGAUGCCCGGGCGGGUGCCCGGUGGAGUGCGAGGUGACGGGAGAGGCGGAGGAGAGGUGCCCGGGGGAGGGGGAGGAGGCGCUGGUGGUGUGGAUGUACGCGGUGCUCAGGGUGGUGGCGACGCUGGCGAUGUCCUCCGGCUUCAGUCUGCUGGAUGCGACGGCGCUGGCGAUGGUGAAGCUGCACAGGAGCGACUACGGGAAGCAGAGGCUGUGGGCGUUGAUCGCGAUGGCGGUCUUCUCGCCGGUCACGGGGGCCGUCGUCGAUUACGUGUCGGAGGGGUCGUCCGCUUCGGGGGAGAUAGACUACGCCCCCGUGUUCGCCAUCUCGGAUGUGCUCCUCCUGGCGAACGCGCUGCUCCUCUCGCUCCUCGACCUGCGGGUGGAGACCGAGCCGGCGAACAUGUUCGCGAACCUCGGCCGACUCCUCCGCUUCCCCGACGUGGACGUCUUCCUCGUCAUGAUCUUCGUCCUCGGGGCCUGCUGGGGCUACAUCGAGGCCUACCUGUUCAUCUACCUGCAGGCCAUCGAGGCCCCCGUCUACCUGCUCGGCCUGACUCUGACCGUGUCGUGCGUCGCGGGCGUGCCGUUCCUCUGGGGCGCGGAGCGGAUCACCGAGAGGGUCGGCCGGGUCAACAUCAUCAUCGCGGCCUUCUUCGUGUACCUGGCCAGGUGCUAUGGGUACUCGUACAUCACGAACCCCUGGCUGGCCCUGCCGCUGGAGGCGCUGGAGGUGUUCACCUACCACCUGAUGUGGGUGGCGGCGGCGACCUACGCCACCGUGAUCGCUCCCAAGGGCCUGCUCGCCACCGUCACCGGGGUCAUGGGGGCCAUGCACUUCUCCUUCGGAAAGGGAGCCGGGACAUUCGUCGGAGGGUACCUGAUCUCCGCGUUCGGGAUCCAGGGCAGCUUCCGGAUCUGGGGGACCACGACGGGGGCAUGCGGGGCGGUCUACCUCCUCCUCGAGUACACCCUCUUGAAGAGGCUCCGCGCGGAGCGGAAGAGGAGGGAGGCGGUGGAGGCCGGCAGGGACCCCAAGGACGUCGAGAUGGAGAUUCCCAAGACCGACAGUGUGCUGGCGAUCGAGAACAGGGCGUUGGAGUUGGUCGACGAGAACAUCGCCAUAAAGUGAUUUUUUUUUUCUUUUUCUGAUCAUCCGGGGAGAGGACCAGCCGAUUUCGCAGAGAACGGGGUCAAGUCACGAAAUCCCAGAAAGCCCUAUUUUUUUCUUUUUAUCCCCGACGGUGCUACUGUGAUAGGGCUCUACUCCCCCAUUUGGACACUUGCUUCGCCGAUUACAGCUCUAUUUGUGGUCCCCAUGGGACGUUACGAUGAUUCGCUUUCGACUGCAUUUUAUGUUCGACCGAUGCUUUGUUUCACAAGUGACUGUCUCUCAGAAUAAUCG